AAGGAGCUUGAGAGCGUUUGGAAGGCCCGGGCUCAGAUUCGGGUCUCUCUAGCGUCUCCAAUAUUUCCCAAAAACCCAGCUCCGCGCCGGCGUCUCUCUUGUGUUAUUUUGUAGACUGAUGCUAUGCAUUCGACUUUGAGCUUGCCACUCUGCUAUGUAUAGAACUCUCGCCAAGCAUCGGCUUAUAUACCGCACUCGUAUAUCAAACUGCGUGAAAACAGGUCUAAUCGAACAAGCCGUCCAAGUGUUUGAGGAAAUGUCCCAAUCAGAUUGCAGGGUAUUCAGCAUCGAUUACAAUCGGUUCAUUGGGGUACUGGUUCGGCACUCCCGCUUCGAUUUAGCGGAGCACUAUUACAACAAGAUGAUCCCACUUGGGUUUUCUUUAUCCUCAUUCACAUAUUCAAGAUUCAUUUCCGGGUUGUGUGAAGUUAGGAACUUGCAGCUCAUUCAGAAACUUCUAGAUGAUAUGGAUAGGCUCGGGGCGGUCCCAGAUACGUGGGCUUAUAAUAUUUAUUUGGACUUUUUGUGCUCUGAGAAUUUGGUGGACAGCGCUUUGGACGUGUUGCAAGUCAUGGUCGAUAGGGGGAGAAAGCCUGAUGUUGUGAGCUAUACCACCGUAAUCAGUGGCUUGUGUAGAGCUAAAAGAUACGAUACUGCUGUUAAACUUUGGCGUUGUAUGCUUCAAGAAGGUAUCAAUCCAGACGAUAAAGCCUGCAGGGCACUUGUUCUGGGGUUGUGUGAGGAUGGGAAGGUGGAUUUGGCUUAUGAGCUUACUGUGGGUGCAAUGAAGGGUCAGAUUAAUUUUAGCCCAUCAGUGUACAAUGCACUUAUUAACGGGUUUUGUCAAGCUGGUAGGAUUAACAAGGCUCAAACUAUUAGAAUGUUUAUGAGGAAGAGUGGGUGUGAACCGGAUCUAGUUACAUACAAUAUCUUGUUGAAUUACUGUUGCAAUAAGCUUAUGUUGGAGGAGGCAGAGAAGUUGAUGGAAAAGAUGGAGAGGAGUGGGUUGCAACCUGAUGUUUACAGCCAUAAUCAACUUCUUAAGGGUCUCUGCAAAGCCAAUAGAAUUGAUGAGGCUUACCUGUUGAUGGUGAAAAAGAUGGAGGGCAGAGGGUUGAUUGAUGUUGUAUCCUACAACACAGUUAUCAAAGCACUUUGCAAGACCCACCAAAUCAAAAGAGCUUAUAAGUUGUUUGAGGAGAUGGAUAGGAAGGGGAUUUCCCCAGACGUAGUGACAUUUACAAUUCUUAUAGAAGCAUUUCUGAAAGAAGGUAGUUCAAGUUUUGCCAAGAAGCUCCUGGACCAGAUGACUGGAUUGGGCCUGUUACUGGAUCGGGUACUCUACACUACAAUUGUUGAUCACCUGUGUAAGACUGGAAGAAUAGAAAUGGCUUAUAGCGUUUUCUGUGAUAUGACAGAGCAGGGAAUCACCCCUGAUGUAGUUUCAUACAAUGCCCUUAUAAAUGGACUAUGCAGGGCUUCUAGAAUAAGCGAUGCCAUCCUUCUGUAUGAGGAGAUGCAAAGAAAAGGAUGCCAUCCUGAUGAGGUGACUUGCAAAGUGAUAAUUGGAGGCCUUGUACAGGAAAAGAAGCUUUCAGUGGCUUGUACAGUAUGGGAUCAGAUGAUGGAAAAGGGCUUCACUCUUGAUAAAGAUGUUUCUGAAAUUCUUAUCAAGGCUAUUCACUCAAAUGAUACCUCUAACAUGAAGAUUAGGAACGGUUGAAUUUUGUGGCAUUAGUCUCUGUGGUUCUAUAUUAUGCUACUGCAAGGUGUGAUCAGAAAGUCAGUGUCAGAAUGCACAUUUUCAAGCCAGUCUUGUAGCAGAUUUUUUUGUAACUUCUGGCAAUUUGGAGAAAAUAUUGAUCAGGGUAUUUGGGGCUUCUCAACUUAACAAUACUGCAUAGCAAUUGCUGGGGUUGAGAAUGAGGGUGCAGAGAGAUGAACUUAUGACGAAUCCAAGCAUAAAAUCCACUUGCAGCGGUAUGAAUUUGCAGAAGGAAACGGGAAGGGAAAUGAAGCGGAGAUAAAUUGAGAAUGCAAUCUGCCCGCGUAGGUGUUGGUGUGACAGGCAUUACGUCGAUUUUUUUUUUUUCUCUGUAUUUAUGGAUAAGUAAACUUGAUAUCCUAAAAGCUUUGAGAACUGCAUUUUUAUCGGCAAUGUUGGAGGACAAUCUGCUAGAGGUAGAGUCAAAAUUCUGCGAUAAUAACAUCAAGAUUGACCUCACUUCCAGAGGAAAGAGCCCGAGAAGCGCUGAAGCCACAAAUAAUUAUUAACCAUGAAUCAUGAAACACGGACUGCUAAGUUGUACUCGUGUUUUUGAGAGUCUGAAUGCUGUUGUAUAUUAGUAACUGAAACUGUUGGAGGAGUUCUCUGCUUCUGCUUGCAGGGCUGGUCUUUUGUUUUGUGUUCCUGCAAACAGCAAUAGGAAACAAUAUUCUUUCAUUCAUUAAGAUAGAAGCCAAAAGAUUUUGUUUUAUUCUUUA